AGAAGGGGCAGCAUUGUAUUACCAUAGCAACGAAAUCGAACCUCCAGUCACACAAAGAAGAACACCGCCAAUAAAACGAUCCAGAAGAAGAAGACAAAGAAGACGGGCAGUUGAUCCUAGGCAACUGUCUUUAUUUACAACACCCGGAAUGUUUCUCCACCUUUUAACUUCCUCCCUUCCCCUAAUGGCUCCCCAUUCCCACCAUUUUCCUGAACUCUUUCAUUACUGACUUUUCCUCAUCAUCACUGCGAGGGAGCUUAAAUUAGCAGCAGUUAUGGUGGAUGUCAGUAAAUGGCCCCUGUUCUCGCUGCUGAGCAGCGAGAAGCGAGCUAUGGUCCGUCAGGCCUGUGUGUUUGGGACAUCAGCGAACGAAGCCAUCUACGUCACUCAAGAAAAUGACGUGUAUGUAUUUGGUCUAAACUGCAGUGGCUGCCUUGGGACAGGUGACAGUGUGAGCACCAUUGUGCCAAAGAAACUGGACUUCCUGCAGGGAAAGAAGAUCGUCAGCCUCAGCUACGGCAGUGGACCUCAUGUCCUGUUGGCUUCAGAAGAUGGACAGCUGUUUGCCUGGGGUCAUAACGGUUACAGUCAGCUGGGGAAUGGCACGACCAACCCGGGAUUUUCAGCCGUGGCAAUCACGGCAAACCUACAGAACAAGAAAGUGAUGGAGGUGGCAUGCGGCUCGCAUCAUUCUCUGGCUCUCACUCACGAUGGAGAGGUGUUUGCAUGGGGUUAUAACAACUGUGGCCAGGUGGGUUCAGGCUCCACAGCCAACCAGCCGUACCCAAGGAAAGUCUGCAGCAGCCUGCAGGGCAAGACUGCAGUGAGCAUCACAUGUGGACAAGCAUCCUCCAUGGCUCUAGUUGACAAUGGAGAGAUUUACGGUUGGGGCUACAAUGGAAACGGGCAGCUUGGAACUGGGAACAAUAGUAAUCAGCUUUCUCCUUGUCGCCUUACUACGCUUCAAGGGUUUUGCAUUCAACAAAUUGUUUCAGGAUAUGGACACUGCUUGGCCCUAACGGAUGAAGGACUACUGUAUGCCUGGGGAGCAAAUGCUUAUGGUCAACUAGGAACUGGCAAUAAGAACAACCACCUCAGUCCUGUGCAAAUCAUGGCUGACAAAGAGAGGGUUGUAGAGAUUGCAGCAUGCCACUCGACACACACAUCAGCAGCCAAGACUUCAAGCGGCCAGGUGUACAUGUGGGGUCAGUGCCGAGGCCAGUUGAUCUCACGUCCUCGCCUCACCCACCUCAGCAGCACGGAUGAUGUGUUCGCCUGCUUUGCUACGCCCCCAGUGACGUGGCGCCUCGUGUCAAUGGAAUACGAUGACUUCAAGACGAUUUCCCAGGCUCUCAGGGAAGAGUUUGACUGUCCAGACACCUCUGACCUUAAGUUCAGCGUUGAUGGAAAAUACAUUUAUGUUCACAAAGCUGUCCUGAAGAUCAGGUGUGAGCAUUUCCGCUUGAUGUUUCGCUCCCAGUGGACAGAAGAUCAACAGGAAGUGAUCGAGAUCGGCCAGUUCUCGUAUCCCGUCUACAGAUCCUUCCUGCAGUUUCUCUACACAGAUGCUGUCGAUCUGCCACCCGAGGACGCCAUUGGCUUGUUGGAUCUGGCUACGUCUUACUGUGAAAACCACCUGAAACGUCUGUGUCAGCAGAUAAUCAAGAGGGGAAUCACUGUAGAAAACGCCUUCACCCUGCUGUCUGCAGCAAUUCAAUAUGACGCAGAGGAUCUUGAAGAAUUUUGCUUUAAGUUUUGUGUAAACCACAUGACUCAGGUGACUCAGACCACAGCUUUCUGGGAAGUAGACGGAGCCAUGCUCAAAGAGUUUAUCAGCCGAGCCAGCCGCUGCGGAGCCUUCAAAAACUGAGCGCUGUUGCUCUUGCUUUCUCACACUUUACACGCAGGUGUGCUGCAGGUUCAGCACGCCAUAUUGAGCUGAUGGUAGUUGCCUACGGAUUUUAAAUCGGCACUUUGGCCAAUUCCUGUGGAGUCAUUUUGAAUGUUCACAAAUAUGAACAUCUACAUGCUGCAUGUGCUUUCUAGUGCAGUUUUCUUAACCAGUUCUUACAUUCCACUUUAUUUAACUGCACAAUGCACGUGAGGAACCGAAAGGCAGGAACGACUGGCUGGUAGCACUGUUGUGCAGCUCAUCUUUGUGCUGCAUUCGCAGCUCCAGGUUAAGCCACAUUUGAAGUUUUAAAUUAUAUCAUCUAUUCAAGUCAUUUAGAUUAGUGCAGGUCAUUUGGUUGAUUGUUACUGUUUAAGAUAUUUUAAGUUCAAAACGACUGUUGUUGGACUUUGCUCUGUAGCGCCUGCAUUAUUAAGUCAAACUUGCUUUUUAAAGAGAUUUGAGUGUUUACUUUUAAGGACGUUGUGCGCUGUUGCACUUCUCUAAGCUUCCUUGUUUUUCUGCCAGUGUAUAUGUUUUGAAAUUGAUUUAAAGCAAUAUUUGACAUAACUUAAUACUUAGGUUUAUUACUGUAUUCAUAAAGUUACCAAAGAUGGAAUAGGAAUCCUGCUGCCUGGGUGUGCUUGACAAAAAUAAAUGUUAUUGACCAAAUUAGUCUGCAGGAGGACAAAGGAAGAUCUGUUUCAGUUUCAUUUUCUCAAUGUUAUGAAAUGAUCUUUAUUUGGAAGGAAUUUGAUCUUGGAUCUUAGUUUAUGUUCUGUUUAGGGACUGUUUCAGAUCUAGUAAAGCAGGUCAAUGGGCAGUUAAAAUGAUGAGGUUGAGGUUUACAGUUUUUAUUUUUUGUCUUGUAUAAAUAUGGAGAUUGAAACUGAAGAUGUGAUGGUUUUCCUUAACAUGCAUUUUUAUAUUUUUGUGUUUGUUUUUCUUAAGCUCAUCUUUGCAAACUUAAACACAACUCUAAAAUCCUUGAGUUGAUUUGCUGUUAAAUACUUGCAAUGAUUUUUGCUUUUUUAUAUCUAGUUUUAAGAUGCUCUUUGUCUGAAUAAAUAAAUACCUUGAAAUAAGCAA